ACUCUGUCCUUAUAGAUGGCUAUUGUCAAAGAAAUAGUGGACAAGGCUCUGUUGCUUCUUGAGGAGAUGGAUGAGGGAGGUCUCCCACCUUUUCCUCCAGUGUAUUGCAGCUUCGUAAACACUCUUGGAAAGGCAAAUGAGCUUUCUAAGGAAGAGAAAGAGAAUCACAGAAAUGUGAUUAUCAAACAUUUUGGGAAACAUGGAAAGCUCAAGGAAGCUGUUGUUGUGGAUCUUCUCAAGGACCAAGGAAGUGGUCUUGAUGUCAAUGCGCUUAUGUCAGGAAUGGUGAAGAAUAUCCUUUCUCCAUUAAGAUUAUACCUUUUGAAAUUUUGA